GGGAGGGGAUGCUAUGUGUGUUGACUGAUGCUUCACACUCUUUUUUUGAUGCGACGCAGCCUCAAGCCUGAAGACAGAGCACACGUGGAGGAACCUGGGUGCUGGCCACUGACAUUUCAGGUGCUGAUCCACGAGGCAAGAUGUCAUGUCUGAGCGGAAAAGCUAUAAGGCGCCAACAGCCCACAGAGGGAUGAAUCACAGAGGAUGAAAUAAUGUGUUUCCAUUGGCAAGAUCUGACGACUAAAACUUCUGAAUCCUAAGGAUGCCACGUUCUUGGGAUUGAAUACAGUUUGAAACAGUAAACCAGCGCUGGACACACUCUUUAACUUCACUCAAAGAACUAAAUCCUCCUUGCCAUAAUGGACAGCAUCGACGCUCAAACACACCUAAUUCAAGCUUCCUGUUGGUUUAGCGGGUAGCUUGUCUUGACAGUUAAUAGUAAACAGCUCUCGGCUUAAGAUGAACUUUGCCAACCACAGCUGUGAAAAUGAAGAUCUCCGGACGUACCAGCACCACCUGUAUGCAGUGGUGUACAGUGUGAUCUUAGCACCGGGCCUGCUGGGUAAUGUGCUGGCGCUCUGGGUGUUCAAGGUUUACAUCAGAGAAACCAAGAAGGCUGUGGUGUUCAUGAUGAACCUGGCUGUGGCUGACCUGCUGCAGGUGCUCUCUCUGCCCCUGCGGAUCUACUAUUACCUAACCAACAGCUGGCCCUUUGGUCACCCUCUCUGCAUGAUCUGCUUCUAUCUCAAGUACGUCAACAUGUACGCCUCCAUCUACUUUCUGGUGUGUGUCAGCGUGCGUCGCUGUGAGCUCAUCAUGCGUCCGCUGAGGUACAAGUCAUCCAGGCGAAAAGGAGACCUGAUAAUAUGUGCCCUCGGCUGGCUGUUAGUCUGCCUGUGCUGCCUGCCCUUCCCUUUGCUGAGGAACCCCAGCAAUAAACGGGAACCAAAUUCAAGUCUCUUCACCUCAGAAGCCAGACCUGUAAUGGUGUGUUUCUCAGAGCUGCCCAUGAGGACUGUCAGUGUUCCAGCAGCCUGGGCUCUGCUGAUCCUCGCGGAACUGCUGGGCUUCAUCAUCCCUAUCAUCCUGGUGUUAGCCUGCACAUGUCUGACUGCUGGCAGCCUGCGUGAGUCCACAGCGUGGGCAAUUCCUGACCGAGGAGAGAAGCGGAGGGCAUUAAGGAUGGUGCUUAGCUGUGCUGUGGUCUUCCUAGUGUGCUUUGUUCCUUACCAUGUCACCAUGCCUCUGGACUUCCUGCUUAAAGCCAACACCCUGAGCAGCUGCGCCCUCAGGAAAAUGAUUCUGCGAUGUCACCCCAUCACCCUCUGCCUUGCCAGCCUGAACUGCAGCCUCGACCCACUCAUGUACUAUUUCACAACUGAUGAAUUCUGGAGGCGACUGAGCAAGCCAGAGGUACCUGAGAGCCUGACUUUCAGCAGGCGCCUGUCCUGUAUAACUGGAGGAGAGGACGAGGACUAGACUCUCAAAGCUCUUAUUGAUGAAGGACCAGCAGUUUGAUCUCAACCGCUAAAUCCUGAGAUCUAUAUGCACUCCUUAAAAGUAGGGAAAUAUAAAAACUAUAAUUUAAAUAAGCAGGGUCUAGCUGCAGAGCUCCAGGCUCGGGCCCACCUCCUCUGUCGGACCCUUUCUGGUCCAGAGCUCGGAGAAGGAAGUGACGUCUGAAAUUGUGUACGCCAGAGAAGAUCAUCAGGAUACGAUAGCAUGCUUUCAUUAGAUAGAAUAAGCGCAUGGCCUCCACCAAUAACAAUAAGACAAACAAUACAACUGUAACAUUUUGAUACAACUGUGAUUCAUAAAGUUAGGUAACAUAAAGUUAAACGGCAAAUAACUUGUACUAUCCUUAUGAGUUUGCUAAGGUUAGCGAGCUAUUUUAAUGUCAAUAGCAAACAAAUGUUAUCUUAAAUGUUUCAUUAAGCUUUUUGCUUAUCGUUAGUGGUGGAGGUUGUGUGGCAGACGUGAUAAAAUGUAUUAAAUAUAUGCUCAGUAGGCUACGUUAUCUAUUGACGAUAAGUGCAAUAAAACUAUACACUGCUCGAUAGAAUAGUGUCAUAGAACCAUUAUUUAUUCAUAUGGAAGCGAAUAAACACACAUGAUUUUGGGUCCCAGCGCCAAAGGUGUGCCCGAGCCUGGAGCUCUGCUGGGGGGCGCUAUUGGAAAAUAUGGGAGGAAGUUUCAAAAUGUGAAUUGUUUUUUCUAUUAAAUUUUAAUAAAAGAUGUCUGUUCUUUUUAAA